CACCUCAUCUUACCUCUCUCUCUUUCAAGCCAAACUGAACCCUAAUUUCUCUGGUUUUCAUUCAAGAAGCCAUGGCCAAUUCCGAGGUGAAGCUUUUUGGUUUAUGGGCAAGCUCCUUUUGUCACAGAGUAGAGUUAGCUCUCAAGCUCAAAGGCAUAAGCUAUGAAUACAUAGAGGAGGAGUUGAACAACAAGAGCCCUUUGCUCUUGCAACUCAACCCAAUUCACAAGAAGGUCCCUGUGCUCUUGCACAGUGGCAGGCCCAUAGCUGAGUCUCUCAUUAUCCUCGAAUACAUCGACGAGACGUGGCCCGAGUUGUCGGCAUUGAUGCCCGAAGAUCCUUACGAGAGAGCCCUUGUGAGAUUUUGGGCAGAUUUUCUUGACAAGAAGUUUUUGGAGACGAGCGAAGAGAUUCUAAGAACAGAGGGGAAAGAGCAAGAGAAAGCAGUUGCAGAGUAUAGGGAGAACCUUGAGUUUCCAGAGAUUGGCAGGAACAUUUUGAAGACACAAGGAGAAGAACAAGAGAAGGAAGUGAUAAAGUUCAAAGAGAAACUCGAAGUGGUAGAGCAUGGCCUUGAAAGAGAUUUUGGUGGCCAAAAGCCCUUCCUUAAUGGUGAGAACCCCGGUUAUUUGGAACUAGUUGUGGGUUCAUGCUUGGCUUGGGUCAAAGCUCAAGAAGAGAUGACAGGGGCAAAGCUGAUAAGCAAAGAGGAGACCCCAUUCCUUUUUUCAUGGCUAUCUGAGUUUUGUGAAUUUGGGGUGGUGAAAGAGGCUCUGCAAAAUGGCCCAGAUCAAGGGAGGCGACUGGAGCAUCUCAAACUCAAGAGAGAGAGGCUCUUGAAGCUUACAAUGGUUUAGACUACAUCUCAUGUCAUGCCUUUUUCUUUUGGAGAGGGGUUUUUGCCAAGUUUGGUUUACCCUAUUUAAAUAUAAUAAGCUGGAGGCAUGUAUUACCUUAUAUGUAAGGCAUAAUGAGCCUAUGCAAACAUUCACUCCUUUUCUUUUUUUUUCAGUUGUAGUUGCAUUUCCUCUUUAAUUUAGAUUUUAGUGUGUAUAUAUGCACCACAGAAGAGCAAAAUAGAUACUUGUUGGGAUUUUUUUAUCUAAAAUUUUGUGAAUCACCA